AUGCAGCUCGGUGUGAUUUUUCUGCUCCUUUGGCAUGCAGCCGAAGCGCAGGACGCAUCCGAUCAAGCAGGAGCUGCAGAAUGUCCCUGCAUAACCAACAGCUCGGCCAUCUACGGGCAGCUUAAAACUGUCCUGGUGGCAAGCGGCUUUCCAGCAGACUACGGUGCCAAUGGGUGCAGAGCAUACGCUGCAGGCACUUCUCUGGACGGCUGUAGCGAGGAGGAUGCUCCAGCACACUGCGCGAACCCAUGGUGCUAUGUGGACAUGUCCUUGUGCCCUGUGAACGAGGACUAUUGUCAUGCAGCAGGAGCAGCAUUGGGAAGUGACAUCUCUCCAUACUGCCGAACUCGGCCGAGAGACUACACCGUCCUGUUGAACUUUUCGGUAUACUACAGCUACGAGACGUGUGGUUCUGUCAACCUCUACGACCCGACGAGGCAUUCCAAGGAGCUGGGCGGAAACAUCAUCCGUGCCGUUGUCGCUCCUUUUGUGCCUUGGGUGAUCGAGCGCAACUCAUCCACUGGUAAUGUGGAGUAUGGUGGGCCGAGCUACGAUUUCUUGCAAAGCGUUCUGAACUUGUUCGAUCCCCCUGCGCAGCUGAAUCUUCUCCCGGGCUGGGCCACGGAACAAUCGCGGCAGAGGUUCCGCAGCAGCUACACCGCAUGCGUGCACGACGUCGCAGUUGGAAAUUUCGAUGUUUGUAUCGCAGACCUGUGGCUCACGCCGGCUCGCCACAGAUUGGCUUGGUUCCUGCCAACUAUCCGGCAGGACCUGUUCUACUUGGUCGUGCCACGAAAGUUCGAGGAGGUGACCUUGCUGUCUUAUUUGCAAAGGCCUUUCCUUCCCUUCACACCAGAUGCUUGGCUGGGAGUCUUCGCCUUUCUGUGUGGUCUGUCGACGGUGCUCUGGCUGGUCCGGCUUUGUGAGACGCCCGCCAAAGAGAGACAAGGCUGCCAGUGGAGCUUGGAGGAAUUGGGGACCUUCUUGUUCAACACUUGGCACGACUUCCUUCUUGGCCAGAGCAGUCACGAGGUCGAGAGAGGCCUUGCGCACAAGCUGUUCAGCCUCGCCUUUUCCUUCUUCAUCCUUGUCACGCUUGCCAGCUACACUGCGAGCCUGGCGUCUAUGCUGGUAGUUCAGCGAGAAGCUUCUGGGGAGAUCAACAGCAUCGAAGAUGCCAUCACAGCUGGCGUCCCAAUCUGCGCACCCGCAGUUCUGACACCAACCUUCAGCACCUUGUUCGGGGCCGCCACCUUUGUUGACUGCGAUGCCAUCGCCAAAUGCGCCCGUAUUUUGCAUGCGGGGAGAUGUCGAGCCAUGAUCGUCUCGGAGGAUAUUAUCAACAGCUUGCACGCCGGAUUGAUCCAGCAAGCCGACUGUGAUGAUGUGAACGCCGGAAGAGUCUCCGAAGAAGUGGGCCGAUGCACGACCACUGAGACUAACCCUGGCAACGCACGAAACGAUUGCGAGCUCCUGCGCGUGGGAGAUCUUCUUUGGAGCGUGCCUCUGUCUUUCCCGAUCAGCGAUAGGUUGGCUCACGGCAUGUCGUGGGCCGUCACGCAAGCCCUUACUGCCGGGCUGUUUGAACAGGCGAAAGAACUCAACAAAGAAGCUUUUCCAUUGUCGCAGUGUGCAGUCGUCGAAGAUCGAAGCGAAGAAGACGGUCUCACGCUGGCAGACCUCACUGGCACGAUCGUCAUCUCCAUGCUCAUGGUGGGCUUCGGAUUGGUUUGCUUCGCCGUCCAGGUGCUGCGCCGUGAUGGGCGGGAACUGGUGCAACGCAGCCGCGCCUUCGGGCAAGCAACAGCAGAGCCCGAGGUUUUGGAAGAGGUACGGACCCUAACAGGGCAGGAGGAGUCCUUGGAGACAGCAGUGCCAGAUGCUGCGACACUGGCAGUGCCGUGCGAGAAGGGUUCGCUGGAUCCAGACCAGGAGUCGUCAGAUCCAGCGCCGGAUCCCGUACCAAUCCAGGGGCCCCGCGAAAGCAGGGCACAAACAUCUCCCCUGGCAGAGGAGUGGCAACAUCGCAAUGAGGCGCUCAAGGCGGGGCAGCUGCCCCUCGCGAUCGCCUGCUACACCAUGGCCAUCUCAGCGAUUCGACCGCUGGCUGAGACCGCUGCCAAUCUCAAGCAGAAUGCCGCAGUCUACUCCUCCAAUCGGUCGGCAGCCUUCGCGAAGUUAAAGCAGUGGUACUUCUCGCUGGGUGACGCUCAAGAAGCUGCUCGACUCAGUCCUCAGUGGUACAAGGCACACCUGCGGAUUGCGACGGCGUACCUUGGGCAGGGACAUGCCGAGCAUGCGUACAAGACGUACCUCUUCGCCAGCGACCUGCCUCAGGGCUAUGCUGAAGCCAUGAAGGAAUGUGUGCACGCGCUGUGGCAGAUCCCCUUGCUAGAGUCACCUUUAGCCAAAAGGCGAGUGAGCAGAUUUGACGAGGACAAGAACAAGCCGCGAGGCUCGUGCCGAAUCUUCGCCAUCUCCGACGUGCACAUUGACCACGGUGGCUCCGUCUUGAAGUGGGCUGAAGGCAUCAACGACAAGGAGUUCAAGAACGACAUAUUGAUCGUUGCGGGCGACCUCGGUGACACGUUCAAUGCCAUCAAGCGUGGGCUCAUGAUCUUCAGGAAGAAGUUCCGGCGGGUCUUCUAUGUUCCGGGAAACCAUGACAUGUGGAUCCGGCCCAACACAGACGACUCCAAGAAAAAGAAGUUUAAGGACUCCAUCGACAAGCUUUUGGCCAUGCUCGAGAUGUGCGACAAAAUCGGAGCCGAAAUGCUGCCUGCUGAGGUCAUGCAGGACGUGUACGUCGUUCCUCUAUUGUCCUGGUGGAGCUGCACGUUUUGUGAGGGCGACCCGCGCCCGGACGAUGUGCGAUACGACUCCUUUUGUAAGUGGCCCAUGGGUGAAGAGGGCGCGCAUAAGUACUUUCUGCAGUGGAAUGACUAUUUCGUGCGCCGCAUCAAGAAGCAGCAGGAAGCCAGGGGCCGCAAGGGAGAUGUCAUCACUUUCAGCCACUUUCUGCCAACCUCCGACUUGCCCUGCGGCGGUGCUCCUGUCAAGGCCAGCGGCUGCCUCCAGCUGGAGGAGCAGAUCCAGGCCGUGGGAGCGCCGAUCCACAUCUUCGGUCACACGCAUAUGAACAUUGCCUAUGCGACGCGAGGCGUGCGAUACCAGCAGCUGAGCCUCAUGGGCCCGGAGUACGGACUAUGCGAGCGCCAGACCUUCCUCAAACUCCACGACAAGACCUUGGCAGUGGAGCCCAAGACGCACAACGUCUACUGA